AACACCAGCUUCCCCACCGCAGAGAAAGUCUAGGCUCUUCAAAGCCUCCCUUGUUCAUAUGGAGGUCACAUGUUCCCAGGACUCCUAAGUGGCAGGCCCUGAACUUUCAGAUCCUUGUUUCUAAGAACCAGAAUCCCCAAGAGGCCAAGAGCAGAGUCUGCCAGGAGAGCAGAGAGAAGUCCCCCUUGGAGAGUGAGGAAACUGAGGCCCAGACAGUGACUUGACCAGGGUCAUCUCCAACAUGCAGGGCCCUGCCGUGAUGUCUCUGUUGCUUGUGUCCAUGGGCCUCAUGGAAGCACUCCAGGCCCAGAGCCACCCCGUCAUACGACGAGACCUCCUCUCUCGAGAAAUGCCCCUAGACAUGGCCCUGGCCUCCUUUGAUGACCAGUAUGCUGGCUGUGCGGCAGCCAUGGCGGCUGCUAUCCCGGAUCUCAACCGCACAGAGUUCCAGGCCAACAAAGUGUACGCCGAUGGCUGGGCGCAGGCAAGCAGCCAGUGGCGGGAGCGCCAGGCCUGGGGGCCCGAGUGGGGCGUCAGCCCUACCCGUCUGCUCACCCCCCUGGGCUUCCGAGAAGAGCACGGGGUGGCCCUCCUGGCUUACACGGCCAACAGCCCCUUGCACAAAGAAUUCAACGCAGCCGUGCGUGAGGCGGGUCGCUCCCGGGCCCACUACCUCCAGCACUUUUCCUUUAAGACACUCCACUUCCUGCUGACCGAAGCCCUGCAGCUGCUGAGCAGCAGCCAGCGUCCGCCCCAGUGCCACCAGGUGUUCCGAGGGGUGCAGGGCCUGCGCUUCCGGCCGGCGGGGCCUGGGGCCACCGUCAGGCUGGGGGGCUUUGCCUCUGCGUCCCUGCACAAUGCUGCGGCCCAGCACUUUGGGGAAGACACCUUCUUUGGCAUCUGGACCUGCCUUGGGGCCCCCAUCAAGGGCUACUCCUUCUUUCCUGGGGAGGAGGAGGUGCUGAUCCCUCCCUUCGAGACCUUCCAGGUGAUCAACGCCAGCAGGCCGGCCCAGGGCCCCUCUCGUAUCUACCUCCGGGCCGUGGGCAAGCGCAGCACAUACAACUGCGAGUACAUCAAAGACAAACAGUGCAAGUCUGAGCGCUGCCGUCUGGAUAGCUCAGCCGUGGGUCAGAGGCCCAUUCCUGCAGUCUGGUCCCUUCUACUGCUGCUCUGGUUCCUCGUUGCGGAGGUCUUUCCAGAGAGUUCGGGCCUCCUCUAAUCCAUCAGCCACUGAACAGCCCUGCCUGUCACCUCUGCCCAACAUGAGGAUGUCAGCCACAUGCGUGCUCUGAGUGUGGCCAAGAUCUCGGGUAACUCCAUCUACAGGAAACUCUGGGACCUUCUCUGGCGACUGCCAGGCCUGCUAGCAGGAAGAAGAAAAUGUGGGGACUGAGCCUCUCCCAGGGUUCUAGGAGUCAGAUGCUGAAUAGAGGUGGGGGGACUGCAGGACAGGUAAUCACUCACCUGGAGAUAGAUUAUAGUAGUUCGGAGGUGGGUGACUGGGGAGAAAAGUACUUGGCCGUGUAUUCACUGAUGUUACUCAAAUGCCUCCCGUGUGCAGCUGGAUAGCUGCUCUUUGCUCUUCCAGGAAGCCUUCUCUGACCUCUCCUCCUUUCUAGGUUAGGGGCCCUGCCUCUGGUCUGCCAUCUCCAACUAUGAGCUUCUGAGCAUGAGGACCAUGCCCGAGGUACGCAGGUGGUACCAGAAAACACAUGGAAGUCAGAAAGGAACAAACAUCUUGUGACUGGCUGGUCCCUGUCCUGCCCUUAUUUGGGUACUUUCAAGCUCUCCGGAUGUCACUGUGUGACGCCCACACAGGGAGAAAGUGGAUGGACUGGACCUAAAUCCAGAGAGGAGAGAGCAGGAAAACAGCAGAGAGAGCUUUAGGGAUCUCAAUGAAAUGCCAAUCGUUUUCUUGUCAGCAAAGAUGUAAUUUCCACUCUGAUUCAUGGGUCCUCUAGAGGUCCCUAAGAGGCUGGAUUCCUAACUUCCACCACCAAGAGCCUAAGGGUAAGACAGGACAUGGAGGAGGUGCACAGCACACAUUACUUUAUUAUGAGUUGGAGCUUUGGGCCAAGUCCUUAUGUGGCCUCCUGCUGUGGAAAGCGGACCAGGAACCCUGAAUCCCCAGUCACCUUCUCUGAGACCCUAGACAGGGUAGGUUAGACCAAGUCUCUGUAACAGUAGCCACAGGGGAAGGAAGAGAAGACAGGAAAUGGGGCAGUGCUGUCAUGCCUGCACGCUCCCCACUGAAAGUGCCUACACUCAGCACCGAAGUUCAGUUCUGUCCCUCCCAAAUUGCACUUCGAUCUUGACCCUUUUUAGAGUUCCUCCUCUGCAGAAAUCAGGGGAACAGCAAGCUCUGAUUUUCUUUAGAGGUUAAAGUAUGCAGGAGAUGAUGAAUACUCCUGGUCCGUGAAGUCAGUAGUGCUGAAGAGAGGAUAUCCCAGGUUCUGAGGCCCAGUGGAGAGACACCGGGUGGCCUGAGGGCUGACCACCACCUGGCGUGGCUGAUCCAUCCCCAUCUGGAGGUGCUGUGGCUGCAGCAGACCCCUGGGACUCAGAGAGCCUGCACCAGCACCAGAAGGCUCAUGACCAGAGCCAUGGAGAAGAAGAUGCCCAGGAAGAAACGGUCCAUGACACGGGCCAGGCGCUUCCAGUCCUCAUGGCGGCGCUGGGCGGCCCGGUGGCUGUGGAAGGCAUUGGCGAUGGUGGCCACGUGAUGCAGCAGGGCUUCCUGACGGCACAGACACCGAGGCUCCUGGCAGGGGCCUGCUGGGGGGCCAGUGCCUCUGUCAGGAGGCUGGGGGCUGGGGGAUGACUCAGGUGGUCUAGACUGCCCACAGGGUUCCCCUCGUUCCCGCACACACAGGCCCCGUGCCAGGCGUCCUAGCAGGAGGGCCCGAGCCCAGGCUGGCACGGGGCGGGCACUGGGACCACAGUAAUGCAGGUUCAUGAUAAGGAUGGUAAGCGCCGUGGAGAAGGUGACCAUGGUCAUGGUGGCCAUGUAGUACUUUCCUGCAAAAGAUAGAAACAGAACUGAGGCCCAAAACGAGAGCUCCGGGGCCCGGAGCUCCCCAGCUGCCUGAACACAAGGAGGGACGAGCUCAUCCCCCAUCAGGCUCUCAGGACCCUCGAAGUAAAAUGGAAGGAAGUGGGAAGGAGGUAAGGGCCACGCGCUCUCCUCCCACAUCCCCACAUCUGGUUCUCAGAAGCUUCCUGCUCCCUGGUUGAUGCCCUCACUGCUAAAGCCUGGACUCACCCACAGUGCCCUGAAAGUCACACUCUUAAAUAGAACCACCAUGACCUGGGCAAGUUACAAUAGAACCUUACUGGGGGAUUCCCAGGUGGGGCUAGUGGUAAAGAACCCCCUGCCAAUGCUGGAGACAUAAAAGACUCUGCUUCGAUCUUGGGUGGGGAAGAUUUCCAGGAGGACGGCAUGGCAACCCACCCCAGUAUUCUUGCCUGGAGAAUUCCAUGGAGAGAGGAGUCUGGCAGGCUAUAGUCACACGGAGUCAGACACGACUGAGGCGACUUAGCACACAUGCACACAGGUCUGUGCUGCUGCUCCCCCGAGUUAAUAAAUGUCAAGUGUUCAAGAGAA